GGCUCCGAGGGGCUCGCAGCCACCGCCUCCUCUCCGCUCCGGGUCUUCCCCUUCUUUUUACAACUGAUCCUGUUGGGAAUUUUUUUUUUUCCUAAAUUGCAGCGGUGGGGGGGAGCCGGGAGGGUGGGGGACCAGGAGGAAAGGGAGAGAUUAGGCAGUCAUCAAUCUCCUCCUGUUUCUCCCAGAACAGGUGAUGCUUCUAAAUUGUGAUCACUUUCUGCAGGCAGCGCUGCCGCGGGAAGGAUGCGAGCGACCUAGGACCGAGGACCCGAGGCGGCAGAUCUGAACUUGCGGAGGAUAAAACCCAAACUUUAACUGCACCAAUCCGCACCUCACGCGUGAAGCAAACGACGGGUUAUCUUUUUUUUUUUUUUUCAAGAGAGACUCAAACUUCAGUACUUGGUCCCUUUUUUUGGAUUGCCUUGGAGGAAACGGUUUGGUGGCAACGUUGGGAACAGUAAGGACAGCGUGGUAACUCUUAUUUUUAAAGAGACAGAUCAUACUUUUUAAAUGUUUGGGAUUCAAGAUACUUUAGGAAGAGGGCCAGCUCUGAAAGAGAAAUCACUGAGCGCCGAGAUGGAUUCGGUCAGGUCCUGGGUCCGGAAUGUCGGCGUGGUGGACGCCAAUGUCGCGGCGCAGAGCGGAGUCGCCCUGUCCCGCGCGCACUUCGAGAAGCAGCCGCCCUCCAACCUGCGCAAGUCCAACUUCUUCCACUUCGUGCUGGCGCUCUACGACAGGCAGGGGCAGCCGGUGGAGAUCGAGCGCACGGCCUUCGUGGACUUCGUGGAGAACGACAAGGAACAAGGCAACGAGAAGACCAACAAUGGCACCCACUACAAGUUACAGCUCCUCUACAGCAACGGUGUCCGCACGGAGCAGGACCUGUACGUGAGGCUCAUUGACUCGGUCACUAAGCAGCCCAUAGCGUACGAGGGACAAAAUAAGAAUCCGGAAAUGUGCCGAGUUCUUCUGACACACGAAGUCAUGUGCAGUCGAUGCUGUGAAAAGAAAAGUUGUGGAAACCGAAAUGAGACUCCUUCAGACCCUGUCAUCAUCGACAGAUUCUUUUUAAAAUUUUUCCUCAAGUGCAAUCAGAAUUGUUUGAAAACAGCAGGAAACCCGAGGGACAUGAGAAGGUUCCAGGUUGUGUUAUCAACAACAGUGAAUGUGGAUGGACAUGUGUUGGCUGUUUCUGACAACAUGUUUGUUCAUAACAACUCAAAGCAUGGGCGGAGAGCGAGAAGACUGGACCCUUCGGAAGCUACCCCCUGCAUCAAAGCCAUUAGCCCAAGUGAAGGCUGGACCACAGGAGGAGCCAUGGUCAUCAUCAUUGGGGACAACUUCUUUGAUGGCCUCCAAGUGGUGUUUGGAACUAUGCUUGUAUGGAGCGAGCUAAUCACUCCUCAUGCCAUCAGAGUUCAGACUCCUCCUCGACACAUCCCUGGAGUGGUGGAAGUGACUUUAUCUUAUAAAUCCAAGCAGUUCUGCAAAGGAGCUCCAGGAAGGUUCAUUUACACAGCGUUAAAUGAACCCACCAUAGACUACGGCUUCCAGAGGCUGCAGAAAGUCAUCCCAAGGCAUCCUGGAGAUCCUGAGAGAUUAGCUAAGGAAAUGCUGUUGAAAAGAGCUGCGGAUCUCGUGGAGGCCCUCUACGGCACACCACACAAUAACCAGGACAUCAUUUUGAAGCGAGCCGCAGAUAUUGCUGAAGCCCUCUACAGUGUCCCCAGGAAUCCCAGCCAGAUCCCAGCUCUCUCCAGCUCUCCAGCUCACAGUGGCAUGAUGGGCAUCAAUUCUUAUGGCAGCCAACUUGGGGUCAGCAUCUCAGAGUCAACACAGGGAAACAACCAAGGUUACAUCCGCAACACAAGCAGCAUCUCUCCUCGGGGCUACUCUUCCAGCUCUACCCCUCAGCAGUCUAAUUACAGCACCUCCAGUAACAGUAUGAAUGGCUACAGCAACGUCCCCAUGGCCAACCUGGGCGUUCCAGGGUCACCAGGAUUUCUAAACGGCUCCCCCACAGGCUCCCCUUAUGGAAUCAUGUCAUCAAGCCCCACUGUUGGAUCUUCCAGCACGUCUUCCAUCCUCCCAUUUUCCUCUUCAGUUUUUCCUGCUGUCAAACAGAAGAGUGCCUUUGCCCCUGUCAUCAGGCCCCAAGGCUCCCCUUCGCCCGCCUGCUCCAGUGGCAAUGGAAAUGGAUUCAGAG